AGAGAGAGAGAGAGAGAGAAGAGAGAGAGAGAAAUGGGAAAAGGAAGGUUAGAGCUGAAGAGAAUAGAGAACAAGAUAAACAGACAGGUUACGUUUGCAAAGAGACGAAAUGGUCUUCUCAAGAAAGCUUACGAGCUUUCUGUUCUCUGUGAUGCUGAAGUUGCUCUCAUCAUCUUCUCCACUCGUGGCAAGCUCUAUGAGUUCUCCAGCACCUCCAGCAUGCUGAAAACACUCGAGAGAUAUGAGAAAUGCAGUUUCGGGCCACCGGAACAACGAAAACCAGCUAAGGAGGAUCUCCAGGAACAAAGCAGCUACCAAGAAUACAUGAGGCUUAAAGAACGUUACGACGCCCUGAAACAACUCGAAAGGAAUUACUAUGGCGAGGAGAUCGACUCGUUGACAACCAACGAGCUCGAGUCGCUUGAAAGGCAGCUUCAUUGUUCAUUGAAACAGAUUAGAACAAUAAGGACUCAAUCGCUGCUCGAUAAGCUCUAUGAACAACAGAAGAUGGAACACCAACUUUACGAGUCCAACAAGACUCUUCGACUCAGAUUAGACGAAGAAAGCCAAGCGGAGGCGCUCCAAUGGGACGCACACGCGAAUGGAAUGGUUUAUGGACAUCCGCACCAAAUGUCCCGUGACGCUUUCUAUCACCCCAUUGGCUGCGAAACCACUUUGCAAAUCGGGUACCAAACUGAACAAAUGUCAGCAGUGACUUCUACCAGCAUGAACCAUCAGAUGCAGGGUUGGCUUGCAUGAAACAACAGCAUUCAAUCUUUGGUUACUAAAUCUGAUUUAAUGUGGGGCCCCUCAGAAACAUUUGUUUUUAGCUUCAAUUAAUAUGUUUAUGUUUCAUUGUAAGUUUUAUCAAUCUUGACCGAAUCUAAAUUCAAGCAACUCCAAAUGUAUCUGUUGCCUGAUGGAUUUUUUGGAAC